AUGCCCGAUGCCGUGAAUCCGACCACAAAAGUUACCAUGCCUUUUACCAAGCUCCGUGGUUGUGCUCGAAAGGUGGCGCGAAAAUGUGGCUUUUUGUCGCUAUGCAGGAGGAGCCCCAGGCCUGCCCUAUCAAUCGUGGAGCCUGUAGCUGGUGAGCAGUACCAACAACCAACGUUCGGGAGGUCUAAACUCAGAUCGAGUGACUUUGAUGAGCAUUCUCGUCAGGGCGCGAGUUCAGUAUCGAAAAGUCCCCCCGGAGGCGAAGCUCUUGGGCACUUCGAGGAAUCGGCCAUUGCUGCAAGCAGAAUUGCAAAGUCUCUCCCGACUUGGAUCGGUGGUGAGGAAUUCGAAGGACUCUGCACAAACAAUGAUCCGCGAAUCUUUCUCACCUGCAAUGGCACCGAAACAUGCCUCGCCUUUCUCCCAGAUGCCUAUCUAGCCACCGCCCUGCAGGAAGCUGUGAUAGAAAACCGGGAGGUUGAAAGAGCGCGGAAGUUCUGGGUAGAGAAGCUGGCUGCACUGUUUGACAUCCACGAGGAUUUAGAUGCGCAAAUCGAAGCACUGGAACAAAGACUGGCCGAUCGACGCAACACGCAUGGAAACGCAAAACUCGAGACUUUACCUGACCAACGCUGUGUGCUCGAGACAUUAUUCAAGAAACGGCAGCGGCUCGAGACAGUGCAAGCAGAAUGUCGUGAGAGCCUAAACGAGCUCUACAAGUAUCAGAGGGAGGGCAUACAGAAGAUUAUCUGUGGGUUCGAGCAAAUGUUCAUCGACAGCCACGUUCUAAGGGAGGAAGAUGACGAGAUGAGGUCUGCGAUGGUCAACGAAGAUCCUUACAGCAUUCUCCAGAACUAUUCAUCGGAGCUUGGCAGUAUUCUAGCAUUGCCUGGCGACAGCCCUGCAAUCGAUCAUGCGCGCUGCAUAAGACGUACCUCAGCUUAUUGUGACCUUCGGAACACAGGCAACAAUGAAACCGAAUCCAUACAACUCCGCCUCGCAGCGGAGCAGGCGCUGAUUGACGACUACUUCUCCGCCCGCAGACGCCUGGAUUCCAUGGAGAACACUUUCGACUCGCGCGACCAACGCUUUGAGGACGAGGUGGAGGAGCGACAUCGCAAGCUACAGGCCGGUUUGGAAGUUGAGUCACAGCUUGCGUUCGAUAUGCGUCAAUUACAAGAAUAUAGGGGAAUGACGCAGCAGGUCAUUGAGUCAGAACAAAUCCUCGAAGCUGUGAAAGCCGCUGCACUAGCGGCGGGUGUACAGAUUGUGGCCUCUGAGAUCUCAUCUGGCUUCGUAGAUGAUGUGCAUGGUGGAUAUGCGUCGAGUUCCGGAGGGGAGUCAGCUAUCGAACGGUGGAUGGCCAAGAAGCCUAUAGACCCAACGGGAAAGCCAGAUGAGGUUGAAAUUGACGAUUGGGACGCACGGUCAGUCGACCUCUGUGACAGCGCGAGUCUGGUCGCAGAAGGUUCGAAGAGGCGAAGGAUCGACCGAUGGAAAAUACAAUGUGCUGAUCAGAUGCAGGUGUGGUAG